AUGGUCAAGCAGGGCGGCAAGCGCCACCGGUCGACCGAGUACGAGAGCGCGAUCCACCAAGCGGUCUCGAUGCGCGAGAUGCUGCCGACGCCGCCGAUGCUCAAGCGCAUGAAGUCGGCCGAGUGGACGCACGAGAUCCAGCCCGCGAGCGCGACGAGCACGCCAUCGUCCGUGCGCAGCAUGGACACGGGCGAGGUCCAGUCGUACCCCAUCGCGUCGACGCCGUCGUCGGUCAAGAGCAUGGACACUAGCGACGCGAUGCACCACAACGCCUACUGCGCGCCGACGCCGUACGGCCCGUCGGCAGUCAUGGCCCCAACACCGACGUAUGCGACGCCCACGCAGCCUCCGCACCAGCUGCGCCGCACCAAGUCGGAGCCCAAGCACCAACUUGAGAAGCACGCGCAAGCGCACGCCCAGGCGCACCGCCAGCAACUCCACCGGGCGCCGUCCGACCCGACCGCGGACACGGCGGCUCGCAUGUGGAACUUUGAAAAUUGGGAGUGUGGCAGUCGGUACGCCUUUGUGCGCCCGAUGGGCCAAGGCUCGUACGGCCAGGUCGCCGAAGCAUACGACACGGUCAUGAACCGAAGGGUCGCGAUCAAGCGCGUGAUCAGCGUCUUUGACCGUGCGCAGGACUGCGUCCGCCUCUACCGCGAGAUUUACAUCUUGCGGCACCUUCGCCACGCCAACGUGAUUGCGCUUGUCGACGUCAUCUUGCCGCCGAGCGACCUCUCGCGCUUCAACGACCUCUACCUCGUGUUCGAGUACGCCGACACAGACCUCCAAAAGCUGUUUUGCCUCCCGCAAUACCUCAACAUUCGCCACGUCCAAGUGUUUCUGCACCAACUUUUGCGCGGCCUCAAGUACCUCCAGCUCUGCCACGUCAUCCAUCGCGACCUCAAGCCGGCCAACAUUCUUCUCAACGAAGACCUCUCGCUCAAGAUUUGCGACUUUGGCCUGGCCCGCGUGUACGAGUCGACGGAAGACCAAGAGCAGCCGGCGCAGUCGGCGUCGACGCGCGACUCGUUCAACGACGCUGGGGAUGGCCAGGCGCCUAAGCUCAUGCACCGCCAAAUGACGCGCCACGUCGUCUCGCGCUUCUACCGCGCCCCGGAGCUCAUCUUGCUCCAGGACUAUGGCCACCCCGUUGACAUGUGGAGUGUUGGUUGCAUCUUUGGCGAGCUCCUCAACAUGCAGCAGGAAAACUGCCGCCACUACCAGGAUCGGAAGCCCAUCUUCCCCGGCCGGUCCUGCACGACGCUGAGUCCCACCGACACGUCGACGUACACAAAGGAGAUGGACCAGCUCUACGUGAUUUUCAACACGAUUGGCACGCCGAGCGAUUACGACAUUGACCAAAGCGGCCGCUUCGCGCCCUUCUUGCGCCAGAUUCCGAAGAAGCCGGCGAUGGAUCUGCGCGAGCUGUACCCCGGGGCGCCGCUCGAGGCGCUGGACCUCUUGCGCCAGUGCCUCAUGUUCAACCCCGCGAGCCGCAUCACGGUCGACGAAGCGCUCAACCACCCGUUCCUUCGCGAGGCGCGUCAAAUGGGCGCGGCGCCGGUGGACCCGAUGCCGCUCAAGAUGCCGUUUGACGACAACGACGAGCGCUUGUCGCGGGACGAGCACAAGGCGCGCAUCUACGCCGAGAUUUUGAACUUCCGCGCCGUGGCGAUGGCCAUGGACCGACCGCAUCUCAAUGGCGACACCCGGUAA